AUGUCAGAAGCCGGGACAGACAAGGUAAAAAUCAAACCAGCAGAAAGUUUUGAAAAUGACAAUCAAAAUAUUUCUUGGCUGAAGAAAGAACUGGACAGUCCCAUCCUACAGCCCCUUGGAGACUCAGACAGUUGCACCAGCUCCCUGCCUCUCCCAGUGCUCCUCGGGGUGACGCUGAGCAGUGAGGAUCAGCCAGAUAACCAGCUUACAAAUGAAAAACAUACAGAUGAAAAGCCUAUGAAAGGCAUUGUUAUGAGUUCCGUGGCAAAAUUCAGCAUCACAGACGCUUCAUCAAAGGGUACCAAAAAUGAGAAGAAAUUGUCAGAUCCAAGCACAUCAUCCAUUGCUUCCCUGGAGAAAUGCAGAGAAUUCGCUUACAUUGAAGAUGACGCAUCAGUACAUCAGAGAGACAGUGACGAUGAAUGUGCAACACUUAUCCUGGCCUGCUUGUUCUGCCAAUUUUGGGACUUUCUUAUAAUGCUGCCUGAUACCUGUGAACAUUGGCUGACAGAUACCUGUUGUCCAUCCAAUAGAUACUACCAGACCUCCAAUGAAGACCAUGCCAACAACGACUGCAACUGUGACUGUGACAUUGAUUGCAGCCUUUUUGAGUCCUGCCAUGAGACUGGUGAAUGCCUGGAACUUGCCAUGGAGAUUUCUGAAGUCUGCUAUCGCUAA